UUUUAUCUGAGCCGAAAGACACGUCAGAUUUUACUUCCGGUUAUUCAUUACUGACAGCUGUUUGUUUUCAUCUUUAUUUUGGGCAAUUAAUUGGGCUAUGAUGUGAAUAUUAAAACUAACAUACAUUCGAUAUGGGUUCUACAUUUAUAAUUUUAGGAACAUCAGUCCUAGCUGUGUUACUGGCUGGCUACUGGGCACAGAGAUAUCUUCCUCCACCUAAACCUAAAAUUGUAGGGAUAGAUCUGGGUACAACAUUUUCUUGUGUUGGAGUAUACCAUGCAGUUCUGGGUACAGUAGAUAUCCUAGAAGUACAGGAUAAACACAAAUGUAUACCAAGUGUGGUAGCAUUUAGUCCAACAGGUCAAGUGCUUGUGGGAUAUGAUGCUGUUGCUCAAGAGGAACACAAUCCUGACAAUACCUUAUAUGAUGCUAAAAGGUUCAUAGGUAAAACAUUCACUGACUCAGAGAUAAUCCAAGCACAGAAACAGUACCCAUUUAAGUUAGAGGGAGAUCAGGAUGGUCUAGUUCAUUUUGUUGUAAAGGUAAAUGGAUCAUCAAAGAUACUUUAUCCUGAAGAUGUUGGCGCAAUUAUAAUCAGUACAUUACGUGAGGCAGCAGCUAACAACCUUAGUGCACCUGUACUAAAGGCUGUUUUGUCUGUCCCGGCAGAGUUUGAUGCAAGACAGAGAAAUUAUACAAAGAAGGCAGCUAAUUUAGCGGGUUUAGAGGUAUUAAGAAUUAUCAAUGAACCUACAGCAGCUGCCCUGGCAUAUGGUCUUCACAAUAAACUGGGACUAGAGAAUGUAAUUGUGGUGGACCUAGGGGGAGGAACUCUGGAUGUCUCAUUGCUAAAUGUUCAAGGAGGAAUGUUCCUUACACAAGCUAUGGCAGGGAACAACCGACUUGGAGGUCAAGAUUUCAAUCAGAGAUUAAUGUCUCAUUUAAGAAAGGUGGUUGAGCAAAGGUAUGGUAAACCAUUGACCGAUAGGGAGGACCUUCAGGGGUUAUUGUUACAUGUCGAAGACCUCAAGGUCAACUUGACACGAGAAAAAGAGAGUGAAAUAAUGUUAACUCUUCAUUCAUUGACCGGAAAAGAUAAAGAUAUAGUGUUCAGUGAAAAAAUAACGAGAGAUUUAUUUGAAGAUUUAAAUAGUGAUCUAUUUAAUAAGGUUCUAGAGCCUAUUGAGAUUGUUUUAAAAGCCGUGGAUUUGACUAUAGAAGAUAUAGAUGAAACUAUUCUAGUCGGAGGCUCUACAAGAAUUCCAAAAAUAAGAGAAUUAAUUGAAGUGUUUUUCAAGAAAGCACCGAUUACGUCAGAAGAUCCUGAUCUUGCCGUUGCUACAGGUGUUUCUAUACAGGCAGGUAUUUUAGGUGGUAUGUGGCCUUUGACAGUGAGUGCUGUAGAAUUACCAACACGGGUCAAGAAGAUUCAUGUUUAAGUCAGCAUAUAGUAUUCACUAGUCUAGAGCUGUCAUUGAUAGAGUCAUUACUGGUGUAUGGUCGAUAUUUUUCUGCCGAUCAGUUAUUGAUACACAUCAAAAAAAAUAAAAUAAUUUUGAUUGAUUUACCGGGGUAUGCCUAGAAAUUAGGAAAAUUCACCCAAAACAUAUUGACAAGCAGGUGUCCAUGUCUGAAACUAUGAUGUAGUAACAUCAUAAUGGACAUACUGGUAUUUUAGCAGUAAUACAAAAAAAGUCAGAAAAAAUCAUGCAAAGGGCAUUAAUAAUUAUUAUAUGAACAGGAUUUUUAUUUUUUGAAAUCAUUGAAAUUGGUAUGAAAGUGAAUAAUAAACAAGUAACUAUAAGCAAUUAUGGAUAUAUUGAUGUAUUAUUGAUAUUUAACAUCUGAUAUUGAUAUAAAUAUAUGAGCCGUGUCACGACAAAACCAACAUCCGCGCAGUCUGAUCAGGUUCCAUGCUGUUCGCUAUCAGUUUCUCUACUUGUUAAAGGGUUUGUAAGCGAACAACAUGGAUCCUGAUCAGACUGCGCGUUUGCGCAGGCUGAUCUGGAUCCAUGCUGGUCGCAAACGCAUUACGUUGGUUUUGUCGUGAUGGGCUCAUAUAGUAUCAAUAUGCUUGCACUGAAUCAGUGACAGCUCUAGUAUCUACAAUAUAGUUACUGCCUAGAAUGAUGUUUUUAGAAAUAUAUUUAAAAUUCAAGUAAAAAUGUUAGAAAUUAAAGAAAAUAUUCAGAUAUAAAUACAGAAAGUAUUAUGUUGGUCACAUUAAGUGUAGUUUCUAUACAUUGUAGAUUUUUUGCUGAUAUUUUUCAG